CCUAGCAAAGAAUCGAACUAAAUAAAUAUACAUAAUAGUGGCUCUCUACAGCAGUCUAUGCCAGAGCGUGGUGCGCGGGAGACGUUUCCAAAAAUGUGCUAAAAAAAUAAUAAUUUUCAAACAAAAAAAUAUUAUUUUUCCGUCCUAAAUAAUUAUGUGGUGUAUAUUAUAAACUGUUUUAGUUAAAUGUUUUUUGCAACUAAAUUUUAUUAAUAUUUUUUUUAAAUUGGUUCUGUGAUUAUUUCGUUUUUUUUUUAAAUAGAGUCAGUGAUAUUCUAGAGGAGAAAAUGUUUUGAAUUUUUUUCGUGAUAACAGGGUACAAAAAAGUUUGAAAAUGACUUCAAAAUCUAACACAAAGCAGAGUGGACGCGGGGAUGUAGUAAGCAAUAGCGUUGUCAACAUAACAAGCAAUGAAGAAAAAGACAGGAUAUAUACUUAUGGUGAAGCCAUCAACCUCGCGGGCAAUGGGUCCUACAGCCUAGGUCUCCUAGCGACGCUGAGUGUGUGCACACUGGCGAUGGGAGUGGACAUGUUCGGCUUCUCCGUGGUGGUGAGCGGCUGCACCUGCGACUUCGGGCUGGACAUCAGCCAGACCAGUGUGUUGCUCUCCAUGCCUUUUGUUGGUCCCAUAGUAAUGGCGUAUCCAUGGGGCUAUAUCUCCGACACCCAGGGUCGGAGGAGGAGCCUCCUCAUCGCCAUGUGGGUCAGCUUCGUGGUGUCCACCAUCGGAGCCUUCUCUCCCAACUGGGUGGUGAUGGCUGUGCUGAAGUUCAUUAGUACUAGUUUAUGCAGCUGUGCCCAAUCAGCUUCAUACACGUUGCUGGGAGAAUCCUGCGCGGAGAGAGCGAGAGACGCGUACAUGCUGAUCAUGACCAGUGUUCUGGACUUCAGUCUGGCUGCUUAUGUUGUGGUAGCUUACUUCAUCCUAAACCUAGACUUCUCCUACGACAUGGGUUUGAUCACGUUCACUCCCUGGCGUCUCCUGGCACUCGCUCUGGCACUCCCCCUAGGGCUGGGAGCCUUCGGGACUCUGUUCUUCUACGAGAGUCCCAAGUUCCUGGUCAAUGUGCAGCGGGAGGACGAGGCAAUAGAGAACUUGAGGAAAAUGUGGGAGAGGAAUAAUGGGAGAGGAGAUAAGUAUCCGGUAAAGAAAAUAAUCCUAAAUGAAAUAGGCAACGAGCGUCGCAAGGAUGUGUCCCUGGUGCAGUCGCUGUGGGAGCAGAUAGUGCCACUCUUCAAACCUCCGCUGCUCUGGAAGAGCAUCAUGCUGUACUUCUUCACUGCUGUCAUAUUUAGCACUAACAACAGCUACUUCAUCUGGUUCCCGUACCUGGCGGAGAAGUUCGCAGCCGGCCUGGACUCCAUGGCGCACUCCGAGGAGACCGGCCUCUGCAACCUGAUCGUCAGCAACAACAACCUCACUGAUGCCGACUUCGAAUGUAAAUCAACAAUGGACAUCAGCCUAGUGUGGGCCAGUCUAGCACAGGGCGUCACCUUCGUGGUGAUCAUGCUGGUCAUCACGAAGCUAGCCUACAGGAAGAAAGCCCUGAUGAUCAUCGUCAUGACGUUCUCGGGGCUGUCAGCCGUCGCUGCUUCUCUUGUCAAGGAUAACCUGACCAGUUUUGUCAUGUUCUUCGGUCUGCUGACGAAUGAGCUGUGCAUUGGCAUCAUUUAUACGUAUUUUGUGGAUAUGUAUCCCACUUCUUAUAGGGGCAUGGCAGCGUGUAUCGGAGUGAUGGUGGCUCGGCUGAGUGCUCUCGGCGGGGUCAACGUCCUGGGAGCCUUCAUCAUGACCCACUGCACCACCAUGUUCUACGCCUGUGGGGGUCUUAUGUUAGUUGCAGCCGCAUUCUCCUGUCUAUUACCGCCAGAUAUACGGAAAAAGUAGUUAAAUAUUUUAUAGUUCUAACAGUAUUCUUCUAUUUUGUAAGUUUUUGUGUAAAUAAAGAUGAUUCCAAAGA